AUGAAGUCAUUCCAAGUUAUCGCCGCCCUCCUCUUUGUCACUAUUGCUCUGGCCUCCGCUUCCAGAAGCGCCUACUUUGUCAUCACCGAUGGACACAAUGAGUUCAACAUCAAGCUGUCCGACGCCGCCCUUAUUGCCCACGCCCGUGGUCUCAUCAGUGGAUCCGUCACCGAGCAGCAGCACAUCAUGGGUACCAUCGUCAAGAAGGACGCCUGGUACAACCCCGAGUGGUCAUUCUACAUGAACCCAACCACCAUCUCCUUCUUCGACAUGGCCAUGGAGGUCUGUGACUCUGCCAUCAUCACCGCCGAGGAGCAUCUCGCUGAGGUCGGUGGAUCCUUCCUUCCAGGCAGUGUCUGGUGCCCAUGGUACUCACGUGUCGUUCGUGAGCUCUAA